ACUACCGUUCAGUAGUGACAAAUCUCUUUAUAGUGACUAUUUCUAAGUAGUCUCUUCGAAAGGGCCUCCUACAAGAUCGUAGAUCUAAGAAGACUUGAGAUAUCAUAAGCAUGUCUCUUCUUCUUCCUUGGCACUACCACCUCGAGAGGUCUCGGGCUGCCAUUUCUGGCUUUCUGUGACUUAAUUUUACCCGUAGUAAAGUUGUCAGCUCUACGUACGGGGAGACGGCCUGAAUGGGAUUUUAACAACGGUGCUGUCGUGUGAAGGCCGGCGCCGUUAUCGCCUCGGUUACCGGACCACCACAUAAGCAUGUACUGCCCCCGAAUUGGCCUUGUUCACCAACCGGUGUUGAGGAAAGUAGCGUUCGAAUCUCGACGACGCAUCGCCAAACCCUAACCACUCAGAAUGUGCUGCCCUUUAGCGUAAUGUUGACCGAAAAGACUCCAAAGUGUCCUCUCGUAGGGCCUCUUCCAACUGACGGCUGAGUAGUCAGUUUUACGUACGGAAAGACGGUUCCAAUGAGUUUUAAUAUUGGCCGAGAGGUCUUGAUAUACCCUUUUUCUAAUCUUUUGAUUGAUUAUACCUUUGAAGUCUUGCGUAAAGAGUCCGGACACUAUUCGAUACCCAAUACCGGCGCGGAUUUGCUAUAAAAUUUUCUUUAUUUUACGAUUCUCAAAUCGUAGUAAAAAUGUUAAGACCAAAUCUAACCAAAAAAAAAAAUCAUGGCAAAAAAGAUCAUCUGAUUCAUUCAUUCUCAACUUUCUCCAUAUAAUUUGGGCACAAAAAUAAUCUCAUUAUAUUUGCGCAAAAAAAAAAAGAAAACAAAACACAAACCAAUUCAAUCAGUGCCCACCCGAUCGAAGGCGAAGAGAACAUUAGUGCACUAACAUUGGAGCAUGAAACGCUGCUCAUCGCUCAAUUAGCAUUCCAACAGAACGACGAACCUCAAGCCCACCCCAAGCCUAGGGGGCCCACAUCGAAGCGAGAGCCGCGACCGGGACGGAAAAAUCUCUGCUUCCUCCAAAACACUGCCAAACGAUGGGCUGGCGCCUGGGAGCGUACUAAUCGCGUCGCUGGGGGAAGGGAUGCGCGCCAUGCUGUUGCUGUGGUGUUGUGGUCUAUGUUGGUUUUGCUGCAGCCAGCCAAGGGCUCGUCCGUACCUCGGGUCGGAACGUGGGCCUCAGUUAAAUGCAAACGGUCGAGGUGUUCAAACGCUCUGCGCUCUACGGCCGGUGUCGACCAAGUGGUUUGAGCUCGAGCGAUUUCAAACAAUAAUAAUUGUACGUUAAAUUGGGCUCAUCAUCAAACCACAACACUGUGCGCUGUGUGAGUGAGUGUGUGUGUGUGUUACUGUGAUUGUGGGCGCUGAUAGUGAGUGGGUGCGGGAGUAACGCACUUGUCAGAACAACAGCAACAACAUAUGCUCUCGCGUAAUCGGUGCAACCAUGUUGUCUUGCCGCGGAAAAGUCACUCAUGUAGAAUUUAAUCGCAUUAUGUAGCGCGCAUUGCGGAAGAGUGUGUUGCUUGUGCCUCUAGCUUGAGUGAAAUUAAAAUGAAGAUUGAGUAAUAACGACCCACCCAACGGUACCUGAAGGAGGAAAUCCUCUGCAGCUGCGUUUGUGUGUGCAGGCGCAGAAGGUGUAACAACAGAACAGGCUCCCGGUUCCCGAUGCCCGUUGCAGGCGCAACCGUGCCGAAACCCGAUAGAUGUCAUCGAAAUCCGAAAGCUAUGUGAAAAGUGAAAAAUGCAACGUCCACAAACACAACCGUUCCUCGCAGCCGUAGGAAGCGUUAGGCUGCAGAUCGUUGCACUGCUGGCGCUAAUCUUGAUAGUGGCACGCAACCCGGUCCGCUGUCUGCAUCUGGAGGUGGAAAAACUGAACCAUUUAGUGUUAGAUAAUGCAAAGAUCGAUGAAAGGAAUUUGCAUAAUUUUCUCGAGGAACAUGAACAACUGCUGCUGUUUGGUGAUCGCCGAACUGAUGAUUUCAAGAUUGUUAAUGUGCGGCAAAGAAAACGGGAAAGCAGGUCUGCAACACCAGGCAGCGGAUUUCUGCAGUUCAACAUAAGCAACGAUCGUGCGGACAGCUUCUCCCUGCGAUUGCAAAAGUCUGAUAUUUUAAUAGACGAAUCGUUUGCCUUCAUCGAAAGUUACGACAACACGACCCAGCUGUUGGACGAUUCCUACGAUCGGGUGCUUAAAUAUCGCGAUUGCUUUUACCGCAACGAGCGUGCCGCGUUCGAUCUGUGCGAGGGCAGCAUACGCGGUCUGAUACGAAGCAACGAAACCGACAUCGUCAUACAUCCACUGCCGGAACGAUUCGGCACCGGGGCCCAUGUAAUGUUAAAUAGGAACAGUACGCGAAGCACUGUAGGCAGCAGCUCCGGUGCAAACGCUACCAGCAUUAUGUUCGAACCAGAAAUGCACGAACCUACCCGAAGGCCAACCGCGGCCAUCUACAGACAAAAUCAACCGCGACCUAAGCGUCACGUCAGCUCAAACCAUAACACCAAAGUGCCGGAUGUGCUGCACAUCGAGACUGCAAUUUUCAUAGAUAAGGAUCUGUAUCGGCAUAUGUCGAAAAACUAUCCCAAAAACACCGAAGCCCACCUGAUACGGUUCGUGCUGGCGAUGAUCAACGGUGUGCAGUUGCUGUACAACCAUCCAUCGUUGGGCCACCCGAUAAACUUUAUUCUCAAGCGGCUAGAGAUCCUGCACAACGAUCCGAAGGAUCUGCGCCGGUCGAGCGAUAUCGACAUCUACCUGAACAGCUUCUGCGGCUGGCAGCGCAAAAUGAACCCCAUUUCCGACGCGGAUCCGGUACACUUUGACCACGCGGUCAUACUGACCGGGCUGGAUCUGUUUGUGGUGAGCAAGAACGGUAAGGUGAGCAAUCAGGUGGUUGGGCUGGCACCGGUUGCCGGCAUGUGUACGAUCACCUCCAGCUGCACCAUCAAUGAGGGAAAGCAUUUUGAGAGUGUUUUCGUUGUAGCGCACGAAAUUGGACACAACCUGGGAAUGCGCCAUGACACGUCGGACAAUAAUUGCGAUCCGAGUCUGUACAUAAUGUCACCGACGUUGGGCAGCGGCAAGAUAACGUGGUCAUCCUGCAGUCGCAAUUACUUGAACACGUUUCUGAAAACUACUCAGGCUACCUGUCUGUUCGAUCGAGGACACUACGGAUCGUCGCUUGAUCACGCCGGUGAGGGUAAGCUACCGGGUGAGCGCUUUGAUGCCGAUCAACAGUGUUUGCUAAAGUAUGGCAAAGAUAGUACGCGCUCCAAAUCGCAAGAUUUGGCCGACAUCUGUCGGGAUCUGCACUGUCAGCGGGAUCGUUACACGUGGACAUCACAUCCGGCGCUGGAAGGAACGAGCUGUGGAAAGUUGAUGUGGUGCAGAAGCGGAAUAUGUGUAUCGAAAAUUCCGGGCCUAACCAUACAUUCGACCGGCAAACAUAUUACCGCGUUUAAAACGAUCGACAAAAAAACCUUCCUAGAGGGGCUGAAAUUUGCCAGCCUGCGGCAGGACAUCUCGCGAACCAUCAACACGAUACCGACCUGGGACUCGUGGAGUGAACCGACCGAAUGUGUUUCCGGCUGCUUGUACGGUGACUCCGGUCGGUUGAAGGAAGGCAGCACCGGAUUGCGUCAGUUUACGAGAAAAUGUCUCGACAAACGCAAAAACUGUUCCGGAUUUAGUCGUAAAUAUGAGACGUGCAUCGCCAAACAGUGCUACAACAUCGCGCGAACCACGAUCCAGGAGUUUUCGAACCAGAUCUGCGAUCGGGCAAAGGAAUUCGAUUCCGACAUUAUCGGGUACGGGCUGCAGAAGGUAGCGGAAGAUCCCGAGGACUCUUGCAAAGUGUUUUGUGAAACUAAAACCGGCAUUCCGAAGACCAAAAGCUGGAUCUAUCCGGACGGUACCGCCUGCAAGGUGCAGCAGGGGGACUUUGACGAUAAGUACUACUGUGUCAGUGGGCGGUGUGAAAAGUUUAGCUGCAACAAUACCUCCAACAACUACUACCGCAUCGAUGGAACACUUUGCACCGAUGUGUACCAGUACACCGAGCGGAACGGUGGCAACAGCAUUCACCAGGAAAACGUGCGCGACUACAAAAGUCUGCCGUUGAACCACAACACCUAUCCAAAUGACCGGAAGGCGGAAAGUUCUACCAUUAGAGCAGCAAUAAGCAACUACACCGUUCGUAAGUCUUCGGUGGAAGGACCUGAAAGCGGAUACAACAGUAAGGCGGAAGGCGCGUACAACCGGUGGCGCGAGCGACCAUCCGAGCUCAACAGGUUGUCCGAGCUGCAAGGGCGCAAACAUAACUGGGAGGUGAAAUCGGGCUGUCAUUUUAGCUGCAUGGAGCGGGGCAAAGGAGUACAAAUCGUAUCCUCGACGGCCGGGACCAACACCAACAUUCAACUCUGCACCGCAAACACGAUUGCCUGUGACAAGGUGUUAUCAACGUACGAGUUCGCAACACAGCUGUGCAAACGGUAUCAACAGAAGGUGUCCGGUUUGUCGGGCAUCGGCAUGCAAAUUGCACCCAGCGUGGAGGAUCCGGAUCGGAGCUGUCGAGUCGCCUGUCAGGACACGUUCAUCAGGCAUCGGUUUUACCUCGUAAAUGGAGAGCAAGGACACUUUCCAUUCGGGACGCGUUGCAACCAUAACGAAUCGAAUCGUUAUUGCAUCAACGGCAAAUGCUUGCAUUUCGGCAACGAUGAUACGCCAGUGAACGAAUCGUACAACGCACUCCCGAACGUUCGUAUUAAAAGAUCCGCCUACAGAAGCAAACGACAUUACGAACACUUUACGCCAAUCAACAUUACCGAACGUAUCAGCCAAGAGUUUCUGGAGCAUUUAAUUGCCAACCUCGACUUUGCCCGGGCCGCCGCCACCGCCGCCAGCGAUAGCAAUGCCGUUUUGGAGGAGCACAUUGACUUGAAAAAUCCGGUCUACAUUGAUCCAUAGAAGCGCAACCCGGAACGUGAUAGGAAUAGGCGGGUGCACAUCUACAUUGGUCGGAGCCGACAACCUUUGUGGAGCUGUUUAUUUAUUGUCAAAUGCUUUUGUAAUGUAAUUUAUAUCCUGAAGUAUACCCGAAAUAAAACGACUACGUUUCAGUAAA